CAUUCUCUCAGUAAAAACACCAUCGCUCAACGUGCUCAACCAUCUCCACUAGCUCUCGACUCAGAUGGACGUCGCCGACGCUGCCUCCAAGUCCGGCCAGCAUGAGCAGGGUCACAGGACGGUGUCGUCGGAGCCGCCGAAGCGGCCGGCGGGGCGGACCAAGUUCCACGAGACGCGCCACCCGCUGUACCGGGGCGUGCGGCGCCGUGGCCGGGUCGGGCAGUGGGUGUGCGAGGUGCGCGUGCCCGGGGUGAAGGGCUCCAGGCUCUGGCUCGGCACCUUCACCACCGCCGAGAUGGCGGCGCGCGCGCACGACGCCGCGGUGCUCGCGCUCUCCGGCCGCGCCGCCUGCCUCAACUUCGCCGACUCCGCAUGGCGGAUGCUGCCCGUGCUUGCGGCCGGAUCGUUCGGCUUCGGCAGCGCGCGGGAGAUCAAGCUUGCCGUCGCCGUUGCCGUCGUCGCGUUCCAGCAGCAGCAGAUUAUUCUUCCAGUCGCGUGUCCAACGGUGGAGGCGGCCGCCAGCCCGAGCAACUCUCUGUUUUACAUGUCGUCCGUCGACUUGCUGGAGCUCGACGAGGAGCAGUGGUUUGGCGGCAUGGACGCUGGGUCGUACUACGAGAGCUUGGCGCAGGGGAUGCUCAUGGCGCCGCCGGACGACAGAGCGAGGCGGGAGGACGCCGAGCAGACCGGCGUCGAGACACCGACGCCGUUAUGGAGCUAUUUGUUUGACUAAUUCAGCACGCAGUGUAAAGUUGUCGAUAGUUGCGUUGUGUUCUUCCCAAUUUGGGAACGAACAGAGUAGGCAGUUUUUUUUUGAAGGUUGUAGUAGGCAGUUUGAAGUUCUCGGUUUCUACUUUUGUGAGAAAUGGACCCUAGAUUGCUUAUCA